GCCGAACUCUAGUUUCCAAAGUUUUAUGUGGAAGCUAUGGAUAGCUGAUGGACAAAAGUGAGUUUCUGUCUCAUUAGCCGCCUAGAUAACAGCAGAUGGAUGACAUCAACGUACUACACCACAGAUGCCUCCUGAAUUUGAGGCGUCGAAUCAGAGAUAUCGGGGAUGGGCGCCCUGCACAGGAACGAUAUAUGAGGUUGCAGAAGGAUGGAGACACACUUAGUUACCAAGGGAACUCUGAAGAGGUGGGUUGCUAUGUGGCUGGCCAUCCUUUAUCAAAGGGAAAUUGCUACUUUGAGGUGACAAUAGUGGACACAGGGGUGAGGGGAACCAUUGCUGUGGGCCUGGUGCCUAAAUUCUACAGGCUGGACCACCAGCCUGGCUGGCUGCCAUACUCUGUAGCUUACCACGCUGACAACGGCAAAUUAUACAAUGGCAACCCUGUAGGACAGCAGUUUGGGCCAAAGUGCGCUCGGGGCGACCGAAUCGGCUGUGGAAUACACUCUGAAAAUAUUGAAGCAGGUUUUACAUCAGUCUUUUUCACCAAAAAUGGUAAAGAGGUUGGUUCAGUGGAGGUUCCUGUGUCUGCAGAGGGGCUGUUCCCUGCUGUAGGGAUGCACUCCAUGGGGGAGGAGGUGAAGGUUGACUUGCAGGCCGAGUGGCUCCUGGAGGAAGACGAUAGUAUGAUGAUGGUAGACAGCCAUGAAGAUGACUGGGGACGGCUGUAUGACGUCAGGGUGAGCGGCACGCUCUUGGAGUAUGUUGGAAAAGGAAAGAGCAUCAUGGACGUGGGUUUGGCUCAGGCCCGCCAGCCACUCACCACCCGCUGCCACUACUAUGAACUGGAGAUCGUUGAUGCUGGGGAGAAGUGCUACAUCGCGCUGGGCCUGGCAAGAAGGGACUACCCCAGGAACAGACACCCAGGAUGGAGCCGAGGUUCUGUGGCGUACCAUGCAGACGAUGGUAAGAUCUUUCACGGCAGCGGGGUCGGCGACGCUUUCGGUCCUCGCUGCUUCAAAGGUGACAUCAUGGGCUGCGGCAUCAUGUUCCCUCGAGACUACAUCCUGGAUGGAGAAGGUGACGUGGACGACUGGGAUCGGCUGGAGGUCCGACCGGGUCACGCCGGCGUGCAGAACGUUCUGUACCUCAACGACGAAGAGGAGGAGGAAGAGGAGGACGGGGAAGAAGCUGAGCAGGGGCAGGACGUCAGGAAGGUCACGGUGUUCUUCACCAGGAACGGGAAGCUGAUGGGUCGGAGGGAGAUGGCGGUUCCUCCGGGGGGCCUCUACCCCACCGUGGGGAUGCUGAGCAGCGGUGAAAAGGUGAAGGUGGACCUGCAUCCCCUCAGCGGAUGAUCCGGGAGCGCCGACUGGACUCGUGACGCCCUGCAAACAGCUGGCUGCACUGUAGAGCUCACCCACGGUAGCCUAGCAUGCUGCUCAUACACUCAGUUCAGCUGCACACAUGCACGCACGCCGCCGCCGCCGUCUUCCUCGACUCCGCCACGGCUUUAAUUUAUAAGACUUGUAUAUUUCACCGCCAUCACAGAAACACGAGCAGGAUCGUCAGCAGAGCGAGGCGGGCGGGAGCUGAGGACUCCUGGAAGAUAUUUAACUGUUAAUUCUAUGCAAUCUGUACUGCUUUCAUCGUCACAUCUAACCUCCUUCUGCAUGCAAGCGCGUCUCUGAAACUCUGAGCUGUUCGAUCCCUCUCAUGAGGUCUGGCACGCUUCGUUUAUUUCAUUUGUCACGACCCCAAGCAAAGCAGAGCGAGGCCAACAGUUGUGCCGAGUCAGAGCUCGUGGGUGGUUUAAGUUUCAGGGAAUACACCCUCUCUCAUUCUCUCUCCCUCACACACUCUUUCUCACCCUCCCUCCUCCUCUCCCUCCUCCUCUCCCCGUCCUCUGUCGGGGUGAGGCUGCCCUCCUGUGAGCGAUCAGGGACCUGCCGUUGCCCCUCCUCGCUCGCUGCUCUCCUGGAGCUUGGCUGGAUGUGAACAGUGAAUCUGUUUCCACGCUUAUUUUCUAUGAGAUUAUUUUAGAGGAUUAUUAUUAUUAUUAUUAUUAUUAUUAUUAUUAACCGGUCUGGUCGUCACAGCCCUCACGUGAUAUGCUCCCACUGAGCCAGCCUCAGAUUCAGAUGUGUCCUUAGAGAGGAUGAAUAGAUCUCUGAGCGAAUUUAGUUUUUAUUUUAUUGUUUCAUUUUGGAGCCAGACUGCAAAGAAAAAACACGUCAGGUAUAUUUUCCGGUAAUUUUUAAGUUUACCUGAUGAUUCAAGAGUUCAGGGAAUGUUUUGGGUUUUUUUUUUUUUUGCACUUUGAGAGUGUGAGACGGUUCCGUGAAGCUGGAGAAACAGAAUCACUCCAGUCUGAUGCAACAGCAGCUAUAAAAACAACCGUAGAGUCAAAUAAACAGUUCUGACAGCAACAUUUAACUCACACUGAGGUUACUCACGUUACAGGUUUACUGGACUGCAUCACACUGUGGAGUCACUGUGUUGUUAAAGGACGAGUUCACACAAAAGUUUUAAGAAAUUCCGUCAUUAUCUUCUUUACCUCCACGCCGAUGAGAAAGUCGGGGAAAGUUUCGUAGUCGGCAAAAACAAUUUCUGGAGCUUCGCAGUAAAACUUUCUCCUCGACAACGUAACGUAAGAUGAGAUGACUCGUCACAGCAGCUCACGAGUUGGAAGCAGAAACAAAGAUGAAUAUGUAAAGACGAUAAACGAGACAAAGGUAAAUCAGGAGGAAGAUGGGGAUUUCUUUUUUUUUUUAGCCUAAAUAUAAAAACAUAAAGUGGCUUCAGACAGCUCAUCUGACUUUUAUCCAAGUCUCAGGAAGCCGUGAGAUCUCAGGUUUGAUUUGAGAAAAUAAUAUUUAAAACCUUAUUUUAAACUGUAAUCUUCACCUUAGCGGUUAAGCUAAACACGUUAGCAUGUUUGUCUUUUCAAAUUAAUUUGUGAUCUUUGGUCUUCUGGAGUCUCUGACAACACCUGGAGCCACUUAAUGUUUUAAGUGUUUGAUUUUUUUUUAUAUUUUGAAACAAAUCUCCAUCAACUUCAGUUGUUCAGGAGAAAACUGCAACGCUGUUCUGCUGUGAAGCUCCAGAAAUAUUUUAUGGAGUUCCCGACUUUCCCAUCAGCGCUUUGGUGAGUUAAUAUCGACUGAAUGUUAAUGUUUUUGGUUAACUCUUCCUUUAAUAUUUUGUUCUCCUCUUCCACAGUUUUCAAGUCAUUGUGCAUAUUUUCCCUGAUUCUGAACAAUUAUUUCCCGUCUUAUUUUUCUCCUCCGAAACAUGUUUUUAAACCUGAAAGUUACGCUGAGAUAUUUUGCAGAUAGUUUAACAGAUUUCUAUGAGCCAAGAAAAAUAAAAUCAACUCACAAUUCAUUUCACGCUUUUUAUAGUCGGGAGAUGAUUUUCCUCUCUACGCCAUCUGUGAUAUCGAAUUAACUGCUGGAUGUCGAUAAAGACAAUGAUGUUCGGCUGCUGCGUGAGCUGCAUGUUUAAAGACUUUAAUGAUGUGUUUGUGUGUCUGCAGCACCGGGGGCCCGUGUCACAAAGUCACAUUUAGCACGUUAGCCGUCUUCUGUUUUCUGUUGUUUUUUUUUUCUGGUAUCAUAAAAAGCUGGCUCACUUUUAAUCGUGUUAGAUCACCAUGGUAACUAAUGCUGGACAGAACGAAACCCAAUCAAAACAGCCCGUCUACCGGCCAAUCGGAUUAAAAUUGAGUCAUCAUUCCUUCGGGGUCUAGACACGGAGUUCUUUCUCCUGAGCUCCUGUUACCUGUAAACUGAGUUAACAGGUAACGAGAGACGAUGGAGAGAUAAAAAUCAACAGCGUUUACGCAGUAAUAACGUCAAAGAGAAGAAAAACUCAGCUCAGGGCUGCAACUGACUAUUAUUCUUAUGACGGAUUAAUCAGCCGUUUCCUUUGUUUUCUCGAUUGUGUAAAAAAAUACCUGUUACAGUUUUAUAACACACAGAUCGAUCUUUGUCUUUAUGUUGUUCGUUUUGUCCAACCAAAUGUCUAAAAGACAAAAAUAAUCACUUAGUUACAAUAUGAGAUGAUAAUAAACAGCAAAGAGUCAAAAAUGCUCCUGUUAAAGUUUAAAAUCAUGAUGCAACAAUGAUCACGUCACUAUUCAUGAAUUAAAUAAUCACAGUAUGAUUGUUUUUCACAUUGUGCAGUUUAUUUAUUUAAAGGAGAAUUUCGUUAUUUUUAAAACUCGGGUCGGAUUUAAACUCCGCUGACCGUCACAAUCCAGCUGCAACGUAAUCCUGCUUGUUAUCGUCACUGACGGGUUGAGCUUGUUGUUCUAAGCGAGCGGGAACGAUUCCUACAGAGUUGGAGACAUUUCUGUUGAUGGUAAUCUCAAACUCACGUCUCGCUGAAGGAGAUUCGUUGCUCGGAAAUGUCUGGAGAGGCGAGUUAGUGCAGGAGGACGACGGUGGAAACGUGAGUCAGAGAGAGGACGAACUGCCAAGAAAGUAUUUCCAAAUUCAUGGCUGAAUAUUUACAACUAACCUGUCACGAGAUGUGUUGAGACUCGUUUCUGGUAACAAAAAGGAUUUUAACUUGACAGAAAUGUCUCUUUCUGUAGGAAUUGUUUCUGUAAUGAGAGACAAAAAAAAUAACAAUAACAGUCGGAGUUGCCCCAAAGAAAAGAUGUUGUUGCUGCCACCAACUCCGAAACUGUUUGUACGUGUGAAUCAUUUACACACCAAAACAUGUAAAUAUAGACUCCAGGUUUGAAGUCACCAGUUUCCCCUUUAGUACUUUGAAUUAUACAUACUUAGAAGGUGGAUAAAUGCACCUUAAUACUGGUUAACAUCUGCCAUAAAACAGAAGAAGAAGCUGCAGUAAAUGUUAGCAAGCUAGCUGCUAACACACAGUGCAGCUAUAAUACUGCUCUCCGCCUCCCCACAAUCAUAUUUUGGGUAAAAGAGACAAUACACAAUAAAGUUAAAGGGAUAUUCCGGCGUAAGUUUAAUCCAUGGUCUAACACACAGUGACACCGAUAAGACCCCCCUCCAG